AUGGCGUACCAGACCUUCCGGCAGGAGUACCUGCAGGUGCCGCCCGUUACCCGGGCCUACACCACCGCCUGCGUCCUCACCACCGCCGCCGUGCAAUUAGAACUAAUCACACCAUUUCAACUGUAUUUUAACCCCGAAUUAAUAUUUAAACACUUUCAAGUUUCUAAUAACAUUCAAGUGAAGGUAUGGCGGUUGAUUACAAACUACUUAUUCUUUGGGCCAGUUGGAUUUAAUUUUUUAUUUAAUAUGAUUUUUUUAUAUCGUUACUGCCGAAUGCUUGAGGAGGGGUCUUUCCGAGGUCGGACGGCAGACUUUGUAUUUAUGUUCCUUUUUGGUGGACUUUUAAUGACUCUUUUUGGCUUGUUUGUGAACUUGGUUUUCCUGGGUCAGGCCUUUACAAUAAUGCUCGUGUAUGUGUGGAGCCGCAGGAAUCCCUACGUCCGUAUGAACUUUUUUGGUCUUCUCAUCUUCCAGGCCCCAUUUCUGCCCUGGGUACUCAUGGGCUUUUCAUUGCUAUUGGGGAACUCCAUCAUUGUGGAUCUUUUGGGGAUCGCAGUUGGACACAUAUAUUUUUUCCUAGAGGAUAUCUUUCCUAAUCAGCCUGGUGGUGGACGGCUUCUGAAAACACCAUCUAUUUUGAAAGCAAUGUUUGAUACACCAGAAGAUGAUCCCAAUUACAAUCCGCUGCCCGAAGAGCGACCAGGAGGAUUUGCAUGGGGUGAAGGUCAGCGCCUCGGAGGCUAAUAAAUGGCUGUGCCAAUACCCAGACAUAACUGGAAGGAACUAAACUGAAGUACCAUAUUGGGAAUUCUCUUUCUCCUUGUUGCAGAAAGGACAUUUUACAGCUUUAUGGUUCUGAAUACAAGAAGCACUUUAUGAUAUGGCAGUCUAACUAAUCCAAGACAUUUCCAGGAGACUACCAGUGUCUUUCUACACUAGGGGUUUUGUUGUAUUGGUACUGAAAGCAUAAUCUAGUGGAGCCAAAAAAAACCCCAACCCAACUGGAAACCAUUUCCUGUUAACUUCAGUUAACAAGACCAUGCGUACUCAUUUAAAAAUGUUUCUAAGGCAUUUUUUCCAAGUUAUUUGAUACAGGAAACUGUGUAUGGGAAACUUUGAGGGACAAAAUAAAACUUUGGCUUUAA